UCUUUAGCCAUCAUUUACACUUUGCCUCUUAGAGUCUCAAACCCCCUAAAUAAUACUCUCUUAGAGUUCUAUCUCUCUUCCCCUAAUGGCAAUGGCACGAUCUGUUGUGGUGUUCCUAAUGGCUGCACUCUUGGUAGCCUCCUCGAAUGCACAAUCUCCAUCAUCUUCACCAGCUGCAUCCCCGAAUGCGGCUGCUAAAACACCUAAUGCGGCUGCUACCGCACCUCCACCAUCAACAUCUCCUGCGCCUACUGUUUCACCUGCUUCUUCAUCGAAGACAGCUCCUGCGGCUACUCCUUCUCAAGUGAAGACUACACCAGAGGCUGCUCCAACUGCUUCCAAGACUUCACCACAAGCUGCCCCUACUUCUUCCAAGACUUCACCACAAGCUGCUCCAACAACUUCCCCAAGUUCGUCAGAUGCUACUCCUUCUACCGCACCUGUUGCUAGCUCUCCACCAUCUCCUCCAUCCCCUACCUCUGAAUCUCAGGCAAUUCCUCCCACUACAGACUCUGUACCAACUGAUGGGGCAGGUGGGGCACCUUCCCCAUCCAACAAUGGUAUUGUUUUGAACAAGAUCAACGUAGCCGGCUCUGUUGCCCUUGGAGUUGUUGCAGCUGUCUUGGUUAUGUAAAUGAGAGAAUGAGAGUUAUGCAUAUAGUGGGGGUUUGUUGAUUUUUCAAGGAUCAAAAUAUUGUAUAAAUUCAAUUUAUUUAUUUAUCUUGAAAUAUAAAGAGGCAUUUUUUAUCUA